UAAUGCAUCUUGUUAGAUUUGACCAAGAAAAUAUGACAAUUGAUUGUACAUGUAAGUAUUUCACUGAGAUGGGUCUAUUAUGUUCGCAUUCAUUGAGGAUUUUCCACAUUCAUAAUGUUGAAAAUAUCCCCGAAAGAUACAUUUUGGGUAGAUGGGCAAAACAUGCUAUGUGUACAAGAGUUGACGAUGACGUGGGCAAGGAUGUAAACAUUGUUCAAGCGUCGGUGUGGCGUGUUCAAACUACUAGGGAUGCUUUAGCAAUAAUCAAUUCAACCCAACAUGACAUAGCUGCUAGGAAGGUUGUGGAAAAUGCUUUAAGUGAUUUGAAGUCAAAGGUUGUGUUGCUUAUUGGGAAGGUUGAUGAAUCUAUCACAAUUGAUGAAGUGACAAAUUUGCUAUAUCCUGUUGUGAAAGACCCACCUAAAAAGAGGAAGAAAGGAGCUAGGAAUGUAAGGUUGAAGAGCACUGUGGAAAAACAGGUUAAUAGGUUAAGAGGGUGGAAGAAAACUGCUGAGAAAGCUGCAUUGAGGAACAAGGCAAAAGCGCAAAAAUCUGUCCAGGAAUACAUUGAUAUACCUGAAGAGUGUAAUGUAGCUCACUCACACACAACAAGUCUCUUCUUGAUGUGUAUGGACCUGACGAUUAUUUCCAUAUUAACCACAUCCCUGGGGAAGGUAGUAAUGUUGAGCAGCCGCAUCAUAAAGCCGCUUUGGAAGCCUACCAUGAAUAUUCUGAGAAGCUUUUUGGUAAUUGAGAAUCGAUAUUUAUUGUCAGCUAACAUGAAUAUUUUGAUGAGCUCUUUUGGGGGAAUGAAACGUAGUCCACAGUGAAUGAGUUGUUGAUACACUAUUUAUUUUUUGUAAUUCAUGUAGCUCAUUCACAUUGUACUUUGUCCAAAACACCCAAAAACGUGCUUGUAAUUCUUCUAGUAAAGAGGUAUGUAAUUCCUCUUUAUAUAAUUCCUCUUGAAAGAAUAUUUUGAUAAUACAAUGCUUAUA